AUGGUCACACUUAGUUUAUUUACGCAUCGAGAUACUCCGACGGACUUUAUCGAAAUCGUAAACGAUUCAGGCUACCCGGUCGGGGAGUACGACGUGGUCACGCAAGACGGAUACAUAUUAAAACUGUUUCAUAUACCCGGUGACAGAAGUAGACCCGUUUUACUGAUGCAUGGUGUCAUUGACUCUGCUGAUACUUUCGUUUUAAGGAAAAAUACAUCGUUAGCUAUUUCACUGGCUAAUGCAGGGUAUGACGUUUGGAUCGGGAACAAUAGAGGUAAUAAGUACUCUCGCCGACACCAAUAUUUGGACCCGAACACGGACAGAGAGUUUUGGGAUUACAGUUUUCACGAAUUUGGCUAUUAUGAUCUUCCCGCCAUAAUAGAUUUCGUGCUCGAUAACACUGGAGCGAAAAGUUUGAGCGCCAUAGGUCACUCUCAAGGUAAUUCAAUAUUUCUAGUCCUUGGAGCAACGCGACCAGAAUACAACGAAAGGAUAAGAGUAUUAGUGUCCUUGUCGCCAAUAUGUUUUCUGAAUAACUUGAAGAAUUCUGCUUCUCAAAUAUUGAAAUUAUUACCAGCGAUUACUCGAUUCCUUUCAAUUAUAGGGCAAGAAGAGAUUUUUAGCGAGGAUACAGUGUUCGCCCGUGUAUAUAGGUAUAUCUGUGGAAACAAGAAAAGUUAUAGCUUAUGUGCGCAUGAAAUAUUUUUCCGUAUAGCGGGCAGUGAUUCCGAAGAACUAGAAGCUGAUUUCUACCCGGCCGUAGUCGCUCACUAUCCAACAGGCACGUCUAAGAAGAAUGCCGUACACUUGUCACAGGUUGGUGCCAGACGAACUUUUGCGGAAUUCGACUAUGGAUUCAGAAAUUUGGAUAUUUAUAACUCGACUGUUUCUCCGGAAUAUGAAUUGAGUAAAGUUACUAUGAAAGUUGCGCUGCUCGCUGGGCUAAACGAUGAAAUAUCAACUAUAAAAGACGUAACAUUACUAAGGAAGAAAUUACCGAAUGUUGUCGAAUAUAAUGUUGUGAAUCAUAAGAAAUUCAAUCACAUAGAUGCGGUAUGGGGAAGGAAUAUGCAUAUAUAUCUUUUUCCGAGUAUUUUUGAUAUUUUAUCAAAGCACGGGUGA